GAGGAUCGCUUUUUUAGUGAAGUGCUGCUAGCUUGGAAGGUUCCAGGUAUUAUUUUAUUACAUUAGUUGGCACACUCUGUCCGUUUCCACCUCCUUUAUCCUGGCGAGAGGUUGAACGGUUAAAAUGGAGGCGGACAGAUCCGGCGGAGGACCAAACCCGAACUCCGGAGGAGGAGGCGGCGGCAGCGGCGGAGCGGGGCGCAACCCAAACGGGCCCAAGGCAGCAGCACCGAGCCAGUCGACAUCAGCUGCAGCGAACGGGGCGAUGGCAGCAGCAGCGGCGGCGGCGGCAGCAGCAGCAGCAGCGGCAGCAGCAGCAGCAGCCGGGGGUAUGCCUGGGUCGUCGCAAACACGAGAACUGCAGGACGGUGACUCGGGUAUGUCGCUUCCUGGGAUCCUGCACUUCAUCCAGUUCGAAUGGGGACGCUUCCAGGCCGAGAAAUACCGCUGGGAGGCUGAGAGAGACGAACUCAGGGCUCAGGUAGCAUUCCUACAGGGGGAGAGGAAAGGGCAGGAGAAUAUGAAACAGGACCUGGUGAGGCGGAUCAAAAUGCUGGAGUAUGCCCUCAAACAAGAGAGGGCUAAGCACCAGAAGCUGAAAACAGGAAAUGACCAGAGUCCUGGAGACAAGAAACCAGAAACAGAGGCAGAGCAGCUUCCCAAUGGGCCCGCUGAGUCCGACUCUGAGCCAGCCAAUCAGAUGUCAUGGAAGGAGGGACGUCAGUUACUACGCAAAUAUCUGGAGGAGGUUGGUUAUUCAGACACCAUCCUGGACAUGCGGUCAAAGCGUGUACGCUCACUACUCGGGCGGAGCAGUCCUGAGGCUAACGGGCCCCCACCCACUGAUGCCUGUCCUGAGCCUGAACCCCGGUCAGGUGGGGAGUCGUUGUUGGUCAGACAGAUAGAGGAACAAAUAAAGAGGAACGCGGGUAAAGAAAGCUCAAAUGAACGUCUGGGUGGCUCUGUACUGGAUAAGAUCCCCUUCCUGCAUGGCUGCGAGGACGAUGAUGAAGACGACAGUGACGAGGAUGAGGACUUCCAAGGCAUGACCACAGACUGCAUCGAUGGACCGCGGAAGAACAAGAAGUCUCGUGUAAAGAUGGGUUCAGAGCCCAUGACCACAGACCUGGACCCCGAGGAUGAGGAGGAUGAAGACGACUCAGAAGACGCCCUCAGUGAAUUUGACUUCCUGGGCUCGGGGGAGGAUGGGGAGGGGGCGGGAGAGGCCAGGAUCUCUGGGGACGGACGGGAGCUAGAGAACCGCAGGAACAAGUUACAAGGAAUGAUGUCGGACUUCCCCCCUAAACCCAGCCCUCCCCCCACUGUAUCGGGACAGGCUCGCUCCGGUGAAGGUGGCGCCCUUGGUUUCUCUUCUGAUGUCUUUAUUAUGGAUGCUGUUGGAGGAGGGGACAUGAACCUUGGUGAACUGGCUGACCUCACCGUCGCCAAUGACAACGAUCUCUCCAUGGAUAUGCAGGAUAACAGAGAGGAGUUCAAGAAGACGUGGAACCCUCGUUUCACGCUACGCAGCCACUUUGACGCCAUCCGAGCUUUGACUUUUCAUCCCAGCCAGGCGGUGCUCCUCACAGCCUCGGAGGACGGCACAUUAAAACUGUGGAACCUCAACAAAGCCAUGCACUCUAAAAAGAAUGCAGCAUUAGAUGUUGAGCCGAUCUACACAUUCAGAGCACACAGUGGAGCUGUUUUGUCACUGACUAUGGGCGAGGAUGGAGACUCGUGCUACAGCGGGGGUUUAGAUGGAACUGUCAGAUGUUGGAAAAUGCCAGACCUCAAUGUGGAUCCUUAUGAUAACUACGAUCCUGGCAUCGAGAGCAGUGUCCUAGCAGGCCAUGAGGACAGUGUUUGGGGUCUAACCUACUCAGCUGUUCACCAUCGUCUCGCUUCAUGCUCGGCUGAUGGCACCAUUCGCCUCUGGGACCCUCAGAACUCAUCACCCUGCCUUUCUGUCUUCAACAAGGAGAGAGAGCACGGAACCCCGACCUCAGUGGCAUUUGUUGCCACCGACCCAAAUCAGGUGGUGGUUUCAUUCGACGGCGGUGAGACGCUGCUCUACGACCUCAACACGGAGCAAAGCACGACCACAUUGGAGACACAGACUAAGGAUGGCAGUGAGCUCAUCAACCGUGUGGUCAGUCACCCGUCUGAGUCUGUCUCCAUCACUGCACAUGAGAACCGCACCAUCCGUUUCCUAGACAACAAGACAGGUAAAGUGGUUCACUCGAUGGUCGCUCAUCUGGAUGCAGUCACCUGUCUCACUACAGACCCGAAAGGCACUUACCUCAUCUCUGGCAGCCACGACUGCUCAGUGCGCCUGUGGAUGCUGGACAACAGGACGUGCGUGCAGGAGAUCACGGCUCACAGGAAGAAGCACGACGAGGCCAUCCAUGACGUCGCCUUUCAUCCCUCGCAGCCCUUCAUUGCCAGCGCCGGCGCAGAUGCACUUGCCAAGAUCUUUGUCUGACAGCAGACGUUGUCACUCUGAUUCCUACUCAAACAACAGGGCCAACGAGCCUGAAGACUACAGUGGACAAUAUCCACCUGCUUACACACACACAUAAGCACUCUCACACACUUGUCCUGCACCCCACUGGCUGGGUCAUGGCUCCAGGACGUCCCCUCCCUGUAAUCUCUCCCUGUCCUCUGAUGCCUCAGUGACUUCUUGUAAUACUAACCACACUCCUUUUUUAUAACUUUAAACUCCCGGCUGCUCUGUUUUCAAACACUUUUCUACACUACAAUAUCUUCUUCUCCUUUUUUUUUUAAUUUUGGUCACUAUACCUGCUAUAGCAAAGCACGGUGUGUUUUGUUUUCUGUGUGCUUGAACUGCUUACACUCUAUAUAACAUGGAGUACACCCAUGAAAACACUCAUACUGCACAUCGCGCUCAACCACAUUUCAUGUGAAACCUUUUUUUAAAUAGUUAACUAAGUGCUUGUGGCUAACACACUUAUAAAAGCAUGACUAACAACAGUAACCUUUCCCAGUGUGGGCAGAAAACACCUGACCACCCUCUUCAAUGGGAAUCAAUGUAUUACAUUCCAAAGAUACUGGCGGGCAGAGUGUGUGUCUGGUGUGGAGGACACGGGUGUGUGUGUGAUGUGAGGAGGCGCGAGCAAGUAGCUAACGAGUGUUUGAACCAAUAGCUUUAAUUUUAACUUUAUGGCCAACACAACAACAAGUCUCAUUGUUUGUCAGAAUAUUUCCCCCCCAUGCCUCUGCUUCUACAUUAGUGUCUGUGUGUUGGAUUGAAUGUCACUCUGCUGUACAAUUUAAUAAGAAUAUAUCCACAAUCAUGAUCCAUUUCUACGGUAUGUACAGAUUAAUCUGGACUUUAGCAGACUGAUGCUGACACUCACUUUCCUUUUUACUUUACAGAAGAGUGUGUGUGUGUGUGUGUGCACUAGUUCAAUCACGGUGCUAUGAAAGACCUUGUCAGUCUUAAAUCAGAAUCAGGGACCUGUUGUGAAUUUGUGUUUGUGUGCUUGUGAGACAGAGAAGAGACUGUGAUUCUCAUUCACCGGCCUCUAGAUCCACAUCGACUUAUUAAACGACAUUUCCUCAAUGGAUCAUUUCACAAUCCGUCGUCACAUUUCAGAAUCAACAAUCGCUUUCAGAGCGAUGUGGAUUCAUUUCCAGCUGAGGAGAGUCUGUAGAGAUGAUUUUACUGUAGAGUGAGGACCACCGGGCUUUAAAAAAAAAAAUCAGCUUUUAUUUCAUCUUGAAGUUGGUGCCAGUUUUCAGAUGGAGCUCACUCCAGGCUUUUGUUAUUUAUUCUGGAUUUCACAGAAAGAGAAAGAUUGAAAAUGACCGUCACUUGUGUGUGAAGGUGAGGAUUCCUCUCUCCUUGUUUGAUGUGCUCUAGUUGCAAGUUAUUGGCACAUUACCCACUGAGCUACUAAUGCUGUAAAGCUGGUUUUCUCUUAAGAGAGAGGCAUGCUGGAAGAAAAAAAAGCUACUUGGUGAUAAAAAAUAAAAGGAAAAGCGAAAGGGUCCAAUUAUAUUCAGAACCUAAACUAUUCAGUCUGAACCUCACAUUCAUGACAGAAGGUCACAUGUGCGUUUGUUUAGAGUAAAACACUCCCCUCAACAGUUGAUCUGUGGCAUGUUACUUUAACAGGUAAUUACUUUAAAUUCACUUCAGCAGACUGAUACAGUCUGUUGAUGAAAUGGUUGGUUAAGGUACAGCCUCCACCUCCUGAAGAUUACAGGGUCACACGAGUGGUCAGACCUCAGAUCGGAGGUCUUUUUUUCUUUUAUUCCUGAAAAGGGUGCUGGAGAAAAACAAAAGAACAACUGGGUGCAACUAUGUAAUUGUACUUCUGCUGCUCACUAAAUACUAAGUGGCUCCACUUUGCACUACAUCUAACAGUGGACGCUCAUGUGACAAACAGGGUGAAGAAAAUGUGAUCUGCAGGUAUUUCUACUACAAUCUGGAGUAAAUACUACAUGGUUUGAGCCUGGGAUGGCUCCGUUCUUUGACAGUGAGAGUUCCUAAUGCUUUCAGAUCUAUCAUGUUAAAGACAAAUCAGUACGACACUUCAAAAAAAGAGAAAAAGAAAUCAAAACCGAGGUUGUAAAUGAUGACUAGAGAUGCCAUAACGUGCUGUAAAUGUCCAUCAUUUCCUUGUUUUCCUUUCUUGCAUUUCUUUUCUUUAUGAUAUGGUUAUUAAGAUGUAAGAAUACUGUAGUAUCAUAAGUGAAUCAUUCUUCCUUGCUAGGCAUAGAUCUUGCUUGUGAUUGAUAAUGGCAAUGUAUAACUUGUAAAAAAUCAAAACGAUUAAAAAACAUGAAAAACGAAGAAAAACAAGAGAAAAAAAAGUGUUACCAGUCAGAGGCCAAGGUAAAGGACUCUCAUUUCUUUGUGUUUUUAUUUUUUUAUUAGCAAUUUAUCACUGUGUGAUAUUUUGUACAUCAUAUUAAGCUGUAUUCAAACUAUUUCCUCCAACUACAAGGGAUAAGAGACCUGCUUUUUAUUGAUUUUCUUUUAUCAUAUAUUUUUGAACUGCAUUCUAGCUUGUAUUAAAUGACCUUUUCUUUUUGUUUACGGGUCCCCUGUUCUAUGUCAUUAAGGAAGAAAAAAAAUGAAAAUUUUGUACAGUGAA